AUGGUCGCUCGUCAUUAUGCUACCGAAUCGAUUGUCUAUCUUCUUGCAGCGAAUAUGGAUCGUGGAAUUCAGGACUAUCAACUGGAAGCGGCCAUUGGAAAAGUCGCCGCAUCGGAAAAUGCCUGGUAUGUAUGUGAUGAGGCGAUUCAGUUGCAUGGAGGAAUGGGAUUCAUGAAAGACUGCGGUCUGGAACGGGUCAUGAGGGAACUUGCGAAUCUUCAGGUGGCUCUAAACCUAGAUCAAAUCUUCGAAGGAGCCAAUGACGUCAUGCGGCUAUUCGUGGCUCUUACCGGAGCACAACAUGCUGGAAGGCAUCUACAGCAGGUGGCUAAAGAAAUCAAGUCCGGCGGCUUCGGAACUCUCUUCGGACAGGUCGUGAAGCGAGCGACUGGUGGCAGCACCGGAGCGGAUUUCGCUGCCGUGGUGGAUCCAGCCCUGACCGAUUCCGCCAAGAAGUUGGAUGAUUGUAUCAACGAGUUCGGCAAAACAGUUGAGAAGCUUCUUAUGAAGUACAAGAAGGGCAUUGUAGGUAAGUGUUCAAAACCUAUUGGAGCGUAG